ACUAUAUUAUAUAAUAGAAACUUAUAAUUUCAAACUCAAAAUAAAUUUUCAUUGCGUUUUACGUACAGUGGAGUACGAGCCAGAAUAUGUAGUCAUGUUUUAUUAAAUGAACAUCGAGUAAUGUAAAUGUUAACAAGGGAGCUAGUUUACAAGACGCAUUUUUUCGACCGAUUCGGUAUUGCGACCUCCAGUAAGAGGAUACAUAGGAUCGUAAUGUAACUAUUGUCUUAAGGCUUGGCACGGUACGCACGGCUUUUACAAAUAAAAUCAAUCAGGAUAAUGCACGUGACGUAACACAUAGAACAGAGAUACCGAUAAACAGGAAAGAUUGAACGAAAUGGUUUCGAUUUACUCUUUCGCGACUUCUCUCGGUGCUCUUUGAACUGGAAUUGAUCAACUGGAAUAGAUAAACGCGGAUAUUCGAACAAACAAAGACAUAUGAAUUUCCAUAGUUUUCAAGAUAUCUGCAAAACGUUAUCGAUACCACAACAAUGAAUUCUGCCCAUCAUUGUGCGUCCGCAACAGCGUACGCGUUAAUAUUGGUUACCGACUGCCUUUCAACGGACAGAUAUAAUAGCAAUGAUCCAACCGAAACCUAGUUCUUAUCUUUCGUUUAUAUAACAUGUAUAAACGAGAAUUCACCGAGCUUGAGUAAAGAUUCGUGCACAACUACAUAUGCGAAGCUGUAAGAAAUAUCUAUUCUAUCGCGAUUAAAAAUGAAUAUCAUCAAUGUAUUGGGGUUAGGUUUCGAGUUAACGUUAUCAAUCCGCUUGCGUGAAGCAGUAACGGUUCUUCUAUUUCGUCGAAUAAUAUCGAUUAUUCUUCCGCCUAUUAUUUGUAUAAUUAAUUUGUUCCUAUGUUACGCAAGCAUUGCCAGCCGCUUCGCGAUGGCGGGGUUGAGAAAGCUAAGCCAAGGCCAAACGCAAUAUUUUCUUACAGCUUUGCAUAUGCAGUUGUGCACGGGGCAUUUAAGCUCGUCCAAUUCUCGUUUAUACAUACUACAAACAGAAGGUAAGGGAUAGAUUUGAGUUGGUUUUGAGCGAUCAAUACUGACCCAUAGGCUGUCACAGACGCAAAGUGUAUUUGUAAUUUUCAAAGAAUAAAGGCAACUUCUUGCAUUAAAUACGUAUUCAAUUAUGUAAUAAUAAUUAUAUAAUUAUUUAAGAAGCUUAAAUUUUCGCGAGUAAAAAAUAAAGGAAAUGUAAGAAAAUGUGAAGUUCGAACGUCUGGAACAUCUCUGUCUUCUGGGCUUCUUCAGCCUCGACUGUGGGAAGGGAAGAGAAAGCGUCAACAGUUGAGGCUGCCAUAAAUUAGGUCCCUACGUUUUGCGACUGCGUUGCCUAGUAUAUUCGAGUAUACUUUGCACAAUCAUGGAUGAUGUGGGCGACUGUCGAAACGAAACUACGCGAACUCGGCAUUUCCAAGUCUACAGAACGUGCUGUAAACGUCUAACGUGACUAACCUCAACUCGCUUGUAAUAUUUUUUUAUAGAAACGUUUAUUUAUCGAAUAAUUUGGGUUACCGUAAAGAUUGAUCUGCUACUGUGCGUACACAGUUUCGUUUACGAUUAUACGAUAUUCUCUUUUAUACUCUAUUUGUAAUUUUAUGUUACUAUUUAGUUUCAAUUCCAAUCAUUAUAAGCGGUGUAAUCUUAUUCCAUGCUGUAUCAAUCGGUAACGCUGAGAGUAAUACAAAAGUACAUCGCUAGAUGUCAUUAAGAAAACUUCCAACAUUCUCACGUGUUGACAUAAAAUUGUAAAAUAUAACCUAUAUGUAUAAUAGUUAGUAGAUUUUUAUGAAAUGUAUUCCUUUUUUGUUCUAUGAGUUGUUUUAUUAUUUAUUUUAUCAUAUUAUUGGGACAAUGAAUAACAUUCGAACAAACUAAUCUAGAUGUCAAAUUAUUAACGUGCCAGAAUAACCUAUAAAUGCCUUGAAUGACUCGAUUUCUGUAAAAAAAUGCUAGCUCCGUGUCAAGAUAUCAUUGAAGAUAUAGAAGAUUUAAUAUCAUCGCAAGAUAUUACACCGAAGGAACGAUAUAGUGCAAGGAAAAAUGUUACUGUUCGUUCUAAACGUAAACAAGUAACUGAAGAUGUACCAGAACCUCCUAUUUUCGAUAGUAUUGUGCCAGGGACACAGACAAUUUAUACAAAGACAUGGGGUUGUACUCAUAAUAAUUCUGACAGUGAAUAUAUGGCAGGUCAACUUGCUGCUUAUGGUUACAAAUUAACGGAAAAUAAAUAUGAAGCAGAUCUGUGGCUCUUAAACUCUUGUACAGUAAAAAGUCCAGCAGAGGAUCAUUUCAGGAAUGAAAUCGAAGCUGGAAGAAAGAUGGGAAAACAUGUUGUAGUUGCCGGAUGCGUACCACAAGGUGCACCGAAGUCAUCUUUCUUACAAGGAUUAAGCAUGAUCGGCGUGCAACAAAUCGAUCGUGUGGUAGAAGUAGUGGAAGAAACUCUGAAAGGAAAUACCGUUCGGUUCCUGCAACAGAAAAAGGAAGCUGGUAAAAAGAUCGGCGGCGCCUCUUUAAGAUUGCCUAAGAUUCGUAGGAAUCCGCUGAUCGAAAUCAUAGCUAUAAAUACUGGGUGUUUAAAUCAAUGCACUUACUGCAAGACAAAACAUGCGAGAGGUGAACUGGGAAGUUAUCCUCCCGAUGAAAUUGUUGAGCGUGCGAUACAGGCGUUCGACGAAGGCGUCUGCGAGUUAUGGUUAACCUCUGAAGACACAGGAACUUAUGGUAGAGAUAUUGGCACGAGUUUGCCCGAAUUACUGUGGGCACUCGUGAAAGUGGUGCCCGAUGGAUGUAGGGUUCGCGUUGGAAUGACUAAUCCACCAUAUAUCCUGGAGUAUCUGGAGGAGAUGAGCAAAAUUCUGAGCCAUCCAAAAGUCUACAGUUUUCUUCACAUUCCGGUGCAAUCUGGAAGCGAUCAGGUGUUAGCCGAUAUGAAGCGAGAGUAUACCCGCGCCGAUUUCGAGCGAGUUGUCAACUUUCUACGAGAACGUGUUCCUGAGUUAACUAUAGCGACGGAUAUCAUUUGCGGUUUCCCAACAGAAACAGAACAGGAUUUUGAAGAGACGAUGAAACUUUGCGAAAAGUAUAAGUUCCCGAGUUUGUUUGUCAAUCAGUUUUUUCCCAGACCGGGAACGCCGGCUGCUCGAAUGACGAAAAUACCUACGCAAAUUGUGAAAAACAGAACCAAAAGGUUAUCAGAAUUCUUUCAAUCUUAUUCUCCGUAUUUUGAUAGAAUAGGACUCGUCCAAGAUGUGCUAGUGACAGAAAUAUCCCAUGAUAGAAAGCACUACGUCGGACAUAAUAAAUCUUAUGAACAGGUUCUCCUACCGUUAAAGGAAGAAUAUUUAGGAAAAAUAGUUAGAGUAAAGAUCGUAGAAACGACAAAAUAUUCUAUGAAGGGGGAACCAAUAAUAGAAGGUACGUCCCCGGCGUUAAAACCAUGUUUACCAAAAGGAGCUAUAUCAGGAAUACCAAUGGAGAUGAAAUCAUCGAAAUAUAGAAUAGGAGUUGCCCUGGCAAUUCUUCUAGCAAUCAUUCUCAGGCUAUUAUGGAAGUUUUUUAUGAUUUAGCAAGUCUCUUGUUCUCUAAAUUCUUUAAUCCGGAAUCUAUAAGAAAGAUUUUUACUAUUGAUUCAGGCGUUAAUAUCAGGGACGGACUGGAACUUGAAUUUCUACCGGAAGAUGACCGACUGAUUGACUUGAACUAUUUUUAGUUCAUUAGUUAAAUUCUAUGUAGGGCUGCGUCAAAUGCCACAAAUCGGUGCUCUACCGAUCCACCGGUAAUUUUCCGAAACUACGCGAUGCGACGUGAAUCAGUCCGCAUCUAAAAUUGAUGGUUGUAUCGACAAGUCUAUUUAAGUUUUAGAAAAUACACUAACACAAAUCUUUACAUUAACAAACUUUUUAAAAUGAACAAUUAAAAUUUGUAAUCUGUUGACUCCAUAAGAAGCUAAUGCAUAAAUACUGUUUCUAGUCAUUAGUUUCUCCAUUAAUUUGUACGGCAUAGUAACAUUCAUGUAUCACUACGUUACUAUUUGCAAAUUGAUCAAGAGCUGUCCGGUGUACCGUGCAUUUUAUUGUAGAUUUUCUACAUUUUCCUAUGUACAUGAUGAUUCAACACAGUUCGAAUCCAAUAAAUCAAGGUAACGAAGCCCCGAGUCAUUUUUUUUAACCUUCUCGUGAAUACGUACACAUGUAUAUCCAGCACCCACAAAAUAAUGCACCGAUUCAAAAAUGUAGAGAUAUUUUCAACAACAAUUUAUCUACAUAAAGUACAUAUGCACAUAUGCAUGUAUAUAUGUGUAUAUUCUCGUAAUUUAUUCUUUUUAUUAGUUAUAAAAUUCAUAUAUAAGAUUCAUAUAUAUUUGCAAUUUACAAUAUAAAAAUAUAUUCAUUAUAGAUGAAUGUACAUAUUUUUGUCACGAAUAAUACAAGCAUUUGAUAUAUUCAUUCGAUUUCAUACGAUCACUGAUAAAAUAAAUAAAUAAUAUUAUUAAAUGAUGAAUUAAUAACAGUAUAAUAAUAAUAAUAAUGUGAAUAUACAACGUUGAUCUUUAUCCUUGCAGCAAAAUAUAAUUAUACUAUAAAUUUUAUACAAUCUGUGUGUAUUUAAUAAAUUGAUUUUUCUAAUAAACUAUCAGUUAUCAAUUCUUAUUUUCGCAGUAAAAUAGAUUUACGUUAUAAAGUUCGAUAGAAUUUAUUUUUAGUAUAGCGAUAUUUUAUAUAAAUACUGCGCUUAAUUAAACUUAUUUCGUAUAAAUUUUACAAUAAAAUUUGUCUAAUUUUCAUCUUUGCAUUGUGAAAUAGCAACAGCAAGUUGUGGCUCAAGUGCACAGCAGAGGUGUACCGAAAUUCAAUUGCAUUGUAGCGAAAGGGUUAAAUUCUCGCUCGACAGGUAACGUGUAUUUAUCAAGAAAUCGUGUUUACGAGAACACUUGCGAUACUUUGCAGUCGAUGUUAUAUUUAAGAUAAAAACAGUCGAGUCUGAAUUUCCAACGAAUUAAGAAUGGCUUUGCUGUUGAAUUCUACUUUGUAAAGGGUGUGUUGGAGAAAAAUCAAGAAAAAGGAGGCGAAACUGUAGUAUUUGAAGCGUUUCCUGAAAUAAAAUGCUUAACAGUUAAAAAAGUAAGAACUCUGGUUUAUAAUUAAUUGACUAUAUUUGAAUUGACAAAAUACAGGAACCGGCCCUGAGUGGGCUUACAAAAUAUUAUUAGGACAACCCGAGUAUACAAAUUAAUGUUCUAGUCGAACAAUGAUAUCGAAUAUAAUUUAACUUAUUCUCGAUGCAUUCAGAACUAUAAUAGUAGAAAAGGAAAGAAGAAGGUAUUGAGCGUCCCCAAGUUAAUUUAUCCUCGAGAAAUCAUAAGUAUAGAGAAGAAGAAGAAGAAGAGCAUACGUUACACUUAGUAAAACAGUAUGUUCGCUAAGGAAACAUAAACCUCUUAAUUUAUUGCAUUAACAAUGCUCUUUUAUUUGGUACCGUCCCUCCCGAUGCUAACGUUUCGCUUUUUAAAGUACUAUAUUAUUAUUACUCGAAAAAUAUUAACUUAUUGUUACUAAACGUAAGUAUAAGCUUAUUCUAAAACGAGUUAUUAUCAAGGUAUUUCCUGAGUAUUAAAAUUCACAGGCAAAACUGUGUAAUCCGCUAGAAACGAUAAAAGAGAUAUUUGUAAAAAUCCUUUUUGUUAAAUUCAAAAUUGGGAUUUCCAAACAGCAUCACAACAAUCAGAUUACUCUCGUCUUUUGCAUAAGAUAUGAAUUUCCGCUGCUUUAUGCACAGCUUUAUGUACAGCGACAGACUUAAUUUUAAAAACAAGGCUUUUAUGACAUAUUCCUAUUGAAAUCUCUAGAGCAUAAUCAUUUUACUGCUCCUGCGUAUCGAUUAAUCAUAUUAAUGUCUUGUAACAUUUUAAUAUAUAUUGUCAUAUACAUAAAUGUGAACAAAAAGAACGUUAGCAUAACUCUCUUUUAACAAAUACAAUUUAUUGUUGCACUUUCUAGCCUAUUUCAUUAGAUUAUUCUCUUUAAAUUGACAUAUUAAUGAAAUAUUAUGAAAAAUAAUCUCUUUUAUCUCUCGUACUAUGUAUAUGUAAAAUGUAAUGAACGAUUUUUUAACAUUAAAAGCUGGCACAUUAAAUAUAGUGGAUCCUGGUAACGUCUAAACAUACAACAGGACUGACCCAAAGACAUACUCUUCCGUUUAUACGAAACAAAAUAUUUCAUCAAAUAUUUGCGCGCGUAUACAGUAACGAAAAUUGGCAAAUAAGAGAGCAGAUGUUUGACCUUUUGAAGGAUAAUUAAAUCGAAAAUCUUUUCUUAUCAGUUUCGUAUUUGCAUGUGAGAAUCAUUUCGAUGAACAGUAAUUCAUUUAUCGAUAUUUCCUAUAAACUCGAGUUUUCAGGAUUUUAAUGUACUUGGCACAUUUUUAUUUUACUCCAUACGAGAUUUCGCAUACUUUUUAUUCACAUCAAUCCUCCAAAAAGUAAUAUGUAUAGCGUAGUACGAAUUAAAUUAAGAUUAACGACUGUGUGAUUUGAUCAUUGUUUAUCACUGAUAUGAAAUAACACAAAAGUUAAUGCGAAAAGAAUAAUAUAAAAUUUAUAUACUAUUUUUUUCUUUAUUCGCAAUAUAGAUUGGAUAAAUAGCUUAAUCGCCAAUCUUAGUUUAAUUAUACGUACCCACCCACCCACACACACACGCGCGCACACGCACGCGCGCACACACACACACACACACACACACACAAAUGAUAUGACAUGAUAUGAUAUGAUGAUGAUGUGUGUGUAUAUAUAUAUAUAUAUCACCUUCGAGGCACUAUUUGCACAAUACUAAGAACAAGUAAGAAUAUACUACACUUCAGAAGGCCACAUUUUAUACAUACAUCGGACAACGACCGCUUUUCUCUGAGCUCUUAUCGAACACGUAACUUUAAAUUUACAUAUGCUACAAAUGUUAGAUAUUUCUCUGGUAUCUAUACGUAAAAUAGUAAAUCCUGCAGCCUCGUUCGCGAAAAUUUUGGCAUCCUUCUAGCUCGACCUCAAACGCACUGAACUUUACAUCUUGUAUCUUUUACCAAUCGAUUUCUACGGCUUUCGAGGCGACAGUACGCAAAAUAUUAUGUAAAUAAUUAUAAAAUAGCAUUUCCAUUGCUCGACCUAGAACGCUACUAACAAUAUGUACAAUACAUUCGAGCUUUUGAUUAAGUCUUUGAGCGUAUUAAUGAUCAUCUAAAGAUUAAAGAUACUAUGUACAACGGAAUGGUAUUGUCCUAUAUCACAGAAAUGUCGUGCGUGCUCGCUGUACCCACGCUGUUUUAAAAUGAUCCGUCGUUAUCUUUACCUAAGCUUUUCUAGCUUUAUCUAUGGAAAUUACGAUCAAGUAAUUGAAGAAAUAGUUCAAGAGACGAUACUUAUGCCGUAAAUUAUUGAAAUUAUUGCCGUGAAUUAUUUAAAAAAUAACGGUCUUCCCCACUGAGUAAUUCCCCAAUUUUCUAUGCAAUGCCUUUUUUUCAUAUGCUUGUCUUUCCAUUUUUCGUUUCCUUAUUACGUUAACAUAUCAUAUACAGUGUGACGUACUAAUGAUCCAUCUUAUGUACUAUAUAUAUGUAUGUAUCUCAUCGUCGUAUCUCAGUCUCGUUAAAAAAUGCAGAUAUUCGUAUUAAACGAUACACGUGCUUUUACAUCGAUUAUAUUUUGUCCUUUUUAUAUUUUAGAAAUAGUGGUUUAAAGAAUCAGAACCAAGUCAUUACGGCAUCAAAAAAUAUCGGGAGACAUAUAGCGUAUUGGAAAAAUCCAACAGAGAAAACACGUUUAUAGGAAUCUAUGUAUAGAAAUGCUUCAUUAGGUAAAAUAGUGAUAAAAAACUAAAGGUUUGUCAUACGUUAAAUAGGACCAUCGAGUGUCUAAUAAUUUGUUUUGCAGACAAUAAAUAAUUAAUUUUUCAUAUUUCCUUAAUAAAAUAUUUGCUCCCUCAAGUAUACUAUGCUAAUUUGGUCUCAAUCUUGUAGAACAUUUCAACAUCCGUGACACAACACUGUUUUACCGAACCAAGGAAUUAGAACAGAAACGAUACUUUGCUUUUCGCUGUUUACUCUUACAUACGGUAAAAACUUUUGAUGAUACAACAUGAAACGAAUUUAAAACGGUAAUACGACGAGCGACAAUAAAAUUUGUCUAAAAUUGUCGAUGAAAUUAAAAUUCCUUCGAAGAACAUAACAAGUCGUCUGUAUCAUAAUUAAAAAAUAUUUACCAUGAAGAAUAAAAAUAUUUAACUUCAGUUGACUGCUAAUCGAUGUUAAUAAAAUUUUUAAUAAAUUAGCUGUACACGCUUUGCUAAUUAAAAUAAAAGUUAUGAUAUUUUGGCACGCCACUAUAAUUUUCUAAAUUCACGGCAUAAGUUUCUAUAUAUACGUAUUAUUUGUUCUUGUAAUAAAUAGAGAACAUUUACAUACAUAGACAAAACGAUACGGAACUAAAUGCAUAUAUGAAAAUAACGAAACACAGGAUCAUUUUACGACAUUUCGUAGAAAUUAUUUGGAUUUUUACUUAAAGAGUCAUACUAUAAUAAAUCUUUCUUUUUCUGUUUACAAAGUAGAGACUUCGUGAUCGAUAUCGCAAUACUCGUUUUAUUAGUAAUAAACUUAAUAUAGAAUUUCAUUUGGUUAACGUUAAGAUCAAUCAAAGGUUUGACGACACGAUAUAACAUAUGGAAUGCGAUACGAUUAAAUGAAAUCUUCGUACAUAUCGGUAUCAAUCUCGGUAAAAUAUUCUCCGUUCUUUAUCCUUUUGACGGCCAAUUGAUCGUAUAGAAAAUAAAUAAAAUAGAGAAAAUAUCUUAUUAUAAAUUAUAUAUACAUACAUAUAUGUCAUGGGUUCACAGAGAUAUUAGAUUAAAAGAAAUGUUCAUUUCUUUUAUCGGAAGAGAGCGAUUAAAAACGAAAUUUGUGUAUCGAUCACGAAAUUCAACCGAAUACGAAUAUAUUACUAUGCGCUGGUUAUUUACAUGCAGUCUUUCGCGAUCCAGCAUACACCGGUACAAAAAUAACGUUCGAACGAACAAAGAGAAGCGAACAAAUAUUAAAUACAAUAAACUGACGUUUGAUUCGAACAUUAAAACGGACGUACAAAGAAUCGAUAUGGCAUACUAGAACACUAAGAACAAUGUAAAAAAUAAAGUAUGGCUCCCAAGAAGGGCGAAAAGAACGUUAAUAAUAAUUUAAGAAAGAAAAAGAAAAAAAAACAUACGUUAUGGCAAUUCUUAUGGCGUAAAUUACAUAAUGGCACAAAAGUGUAUCCUCGUUUUUUGUACCGGUUCGAAUGUUGAAACCUUGAGCGCAAUAUUGACGAAAACUUCAUUUAGAAGGAGAUUGUACCCGCUGGAACUGGAGGAAAUCAAACCUGAGAUUCUAACGGUCGGAGUCAAUUGCGAUCAGUACAAUUUUGUGUCACAAGAAGAAUCAUACGUACCGCAUAUACAUAUACAUAUGCAUUGCCGGUUUAUCGGUUGGAGCGGGAAUCGAUAUUGUCAUCGUAUGUCUGUCUCCCUCGCUCGAUAUUUAAAUUGACUCUAUUCGCAGCACAGAGGAAAAAAAAAUAGGAAAAAAAAGAAAAAAGAAAAGUCACUUGUCUGCGUAUGUACGCGAAUUUACGUUAGUACGGGUUGAAAGAGACCCGAUACAGCUCGCCGUCCGACCGCUCGCGCUCAGACACGAUUGAGUAGUUUACAGUCAACUAGCGACUAAAGCCGAAUCUACACUGUUUUACUGUGGAUAAUCGCUGCAGACGAAACGAGGAUAAAAGCGAUGUUGCUCUUCUUUUUCUUUUUUUUUUUUUUUUUUUUUUUCUUGAAGAACCAUCCGUUUUUCUCGAAGAUCAUCCACAAUGAAACAGUGUAAAUUCGACUUCACUUGCUAGUUGACCGCAAACUAUUCAAUCCUGUCUGAACCAACCUUUAAUUUUUGUUCAAAAAAUUCCAUGAAUUGUAGGCCAAUACCAUUAAUAUAAAAAUAAUACUUUCAAGUUGGUUUAAUGAUAGCAGAUCUUUGUCACGCGAUCAUUCAUUAUCGAGAUGUAAAAACGAUAUUUAUACAGAUAUUUAUACAGAUAUGGUAAAUUACAAUCGAUAAAGGAUCAAAGGUAACUCUCCAUCAUCGAGAAGGUUUCGUCAUUACCGCUCCUCUUUAUCCCCCGAUACUUGACUCACACAACUUGUUAUCUUACUAUUCCUAUAGCUACAUACAUACUUCAAUAAUACUUUUUGAGCGACCCUUUUUACGAGUCAUGGCAAUCCUUUUUUGACCUCGUAUUUUAUAAGACUAGCAGCAAUACGUACACACGCGAGACAAAACAUUUCCUUGUUCUCUUUGGAGAGAGAAUCGCAUCUUAGGAGGAGAGUAAGCGAUAAGAGAGAAAGAACGUGCGCAUCGAGGGAUUACGAUUCGACGAACAGUAAAGUAAGACGGGAUUAAAUUGCACAAGAUACAUUUUACUAAAAAUUAGUCAACAAUUUCCGGCUGCUAUAUAUCGCUUUGCAACUUAGCCAGGGAUAAAGUUUAAAAAACUAGAAACGCUCUUUUUCCUGCCUGACGAACGUGUUUAAAUGUUUUCAAUUUAUCUAAUAACAUUACUACGAUAAAAACAUUGACAAACAUCGAGAGACAAACAAAUAAUUUAAUCAAUUGAGAUGCUUGUCGAGUCUUUUCGUGGACAACGCGUUGUACUCUCUUAACGAAUUAUUGUUCGCGAUAAAAGCAUAAAAACAUAGAUAUAUUUGGUCAAGGUAUUAAAAUUAAAAUAACCCCGCCCCCCUUUCACCGAGUCGAUAAAUAUUUAAAAACAAGACACGAACAAAUUCAGUUUCAUUUUUUCGCGCGUUAACAUUCCGGCAACAUUUAGCGGCAACGUUUCAUUUUAUUACAAUUCAGCGGCUGGCCACAUCCUUCUUUCGGCCAUCUACUUUAAUUGGCGUUCUUACCUUGAUUCGGUUAUAUUCUUUUUGCUAGCGAUGCGUCACGAAUGAAACUCUGCAGACUACGGCGAAGGGGGCAGAGAAAACGCACAACCAGUUAAUUAAUAAGGCAAACGAUUCGUAGAAAAGUCAAAAGCUAGUAUAUAGGCGUUCUAGAGAAGACGCGCUGCAUUAUAUGUCGACGGUUAUCGUGUCACGAGAGAGCGUUCGCGUAAUAGAAAAAAUGAGUCGGGCGAAAAGAGUGCAACUUGGUUUCUAACCAACCGUCUUCCCUUUACUGGCUUCAUUAAGUCGCGACACACGAUGCCUUUUAACCGAGUAAAAAGUGGUCGACGCGAAGCGUCGGCUCAUGCCCUUAAAAGUUUUACGAUUCGGUUCUUAUAUUCUUUCCUCGUAUGUAUUUUCUUUUUUCUCUCUUGCUGUAUUUCUUAUCCGCAUUGUUAUUAUCGUUAUUAUAUUAUUGUUAUCCGUAUUGUAUUAUGUAAUUUAAGAGCCACGUAAAAGUCGAGUUAAUCGCGCAGCAACUAAAACUCAAUCAUAUCGCGAAUUUAUGAUUCUUAAACAGACGAUAUUCAAUUUGCUGAGUUUGGAUUUAACAACUUCGUGAGACCGCGUUUUAAAAUUUCAUAGAUUUCCCACUAACUCACCGCGGAAUCAAUAACGAUCCAAAAGGCGUAUCUUAUGUGGCCUUUACGUCGAUCGACUGUUUAGUAACCGAGAGUUCGUUAACUCUUGGCUCUCUCCUCCAUUUGCUUGCCUGAUUAAACGAAUAUCGCAAGUGGUUCGGAAGCGAGGAAAGUUAUAAAAGGGGAAUGAUUUGAAUCGCCAUCCCACUAAUUUAUAAAAAUAAGGUGUAACGAUUUUGUGUGUGUGUGUGUAUGUGUGUGCGUGUGUAUGAAUCCAUAAUAUACUACCAUUAAUAUCCCAUCUUUUUUUACGAUUCACAAAUCACAAGUUUCAAGUUUCUUUAAAAUUUCGUAAAAUGUAAAAUACGGAUAAGUUUCACACGUUUUAAACAUACAGUUUAAUCGAUCCUUUCUUUCGGUUGCGAACCACUUAGAUUUUUAAAAUACUACGUGUCACAACAGUUAAAUAAUCCCCAAGUAUAAUAUUCCUCGCAAUUCUCGACACGCGCGCGCUCGCACUGUGCAACAAGAUUAUAAUUUAAUUUUCGUCGAAAGAUGCGUUAUGAUUUCUUUUUCUUUUUUUUUUCUUUUUUUUUUUUUUUUUUUUUUU